GACAAAACAAAAUAUGACCUGGCAACACUGAGAACAAUACUGAAUUAUAACCUCAUUUCACUAAAAAAUUUAAGAUUUUUGUAAGGUGCCUCCUUAAGGGUGCCUUAGAUAAUUGAUAAAUCAAUGAUGGAAAAUCAAGAUGAUCAAGAUUGUUACGUUUUCUUGGACUUUACCUUCGACAAAGUUCCUGCUGGACGAGUUGUAAUAAAACUGUUCAAAAACAUCGUCCCGCUUACAGCGGAAAACUUCCGAGCCCUAUGCACCGGGGAAAAGGGAGUUGGAGCUCAGGGGAAACCCCUUUUCUAUAAGGGGUCAAAAAUUCACAGAGUAAUUCCUCAAUGUAUGGUCCAAGGCGGAGACAUAAUCAACGGAGACGGUACUGGCGGCGAGAGCAUCUACGGAGCGUACUUCGCCAACGAAAAAAACGAAAAUUACAAUUUGAAGCAUACCGAGGAAGGUAUGGUGGGUUGUUGCACUAACGGCCCGGAUAAAAAUUCGUCGCAGUUUUACAUUACUACGGUUCCUUGUACUCAUUUGGACCACCAAAAUGUUAUUUUUGGUAAAGUCGUUAAAGGGUUGGACGUUAUCAGGGAAAUGUCUGAGAUUCCUAGAGUCGACGACGUUCCUGAAGAGGAUAUCUUAAUAUCAAAUUGUGGCGCAUUUGAGCCUAAUCAGCUCUGGGGUCUUGAAGAAAACGACGGUACUCCUGAUAUUUACCCGCCAUGGCCAAACGAUUGGGACAAUCAAUCAGUUAACGUCAACACUGUCAAACAGGUUGUCGAAAACAUCAAUCAAUCUGGCAACGUGUUUUUCUAUCGCGGUCAAUUCAAAGAUGCCGAAAGGAAAUACAAAAAAGUUGUCAGAUACAUUGAUUGGUUUUUGCAACAAACCCGUAGCAAGUCGUUUUUAGAUUUGCGCAACAACGCCCUCUUGAAUAUGACAGCUGUCAGUUUGAAGUUGCAAAAAAACAAAAAGGCUUUGCAAUACUGUAAUGAGAUUCUUAAAUCGUCUCCGCAUAAUGGCAAGGCCUACUAUCGUAGAGCCAGGGCCAGGUUAGCGUUGAAAGACUACGAUGAAGCACUACGAGAUUUGAAAUCGGCCAAUAGGCUGCAUCCGAACGACAGGCACAUAAAAGCGGCGUUCGAGACGUUGAAAGCGAAAAAGCAAAACUACUUGCAGAAGGAGAUUGUGUUUUGUUCGAAGGUUUUUAGCCAGUAAUAAUUAUUAGUGAAUGUAAGGAUGAGAUUUUUAAUAAAUGUUAGUUUUAUUUGUUGUAACAAUCAGAGCAGUACAAACAGAACAGAGUAAGUGCAGAUGGAACAGAAAUAAAACAGUCAAAAAAGUUUGGACAGUUGAACAGUAAGUGUACUUGGAACAGUCAGAGCAGAAUUACUAAAAACCCAAAAUUAAUUUUCAAAUCAGCCUACUGUUAUAGAGCCAAAUUACAGUAUGUUUGCAUCUGUAGAUUUGUAGUUCUGCAAAUGUGGCCGACUUGCAUAUGUGCUCUAUUUGCAGAAACUAGCAAAUUAUAGAAAAAAUCUACAAUUUCGUCAUAUUUAUCGGAAAAAGUGUUUGGACGCUACUAAUAUACCAGUUUUAAAUGUCAAUGUUGUCAAAAUGAUUGCAAGAACUUGCGGGACCGUUUCACCAUGCGCAAAUUUGCAGGCGACCUGCAAAUGCAUUCUGCUCCUGUAAUAACGAAAAGUCAGACUUGCAGGUGCUGCAUUUGAAUCUUGAUGUUGCAGAUCUUCUGUAAUUUCAGACAUAGUAGAUAAAUUAAUUGUUUAGUAGCAUAUUAGAGUAGUUCGAACAGUAAUAAUCGGAGCAGUGCAAUCGAAGAGAGUGCAGGGCCGUAUCUAGGGGGGGUUUUGGGGGUUCAAACCCCUCCCAAAAAAAUAAUAAAAUUCAACUUAAAAACAAACAACACUUAUUAAAUAUUUAUUUUUUUAUUUUAUUUUUAUAACUAGUGUAACAAUUUUUUUUGCCACUUUAUCUAACCCCCCCCAAAAUUUUGGUCUAGAUACGGUCCUGAGAGUAAGUGCAGAUAAAACAAAAAUUAAAGUAAUUGGAACACUUGGAGUAACUCGAAUAAUAGAAGGAAUUCAAAUAGAUAUAAGUUGUAUUCCUUUCACACCUAGGAGGAGCUCCGGGGCUUCACACGCUUAAGCCCGGGACAUAUCUAUCAUGCAUUCCUCCGAUCCGACUCCGAUCAUACAAUCAGGGUCCUUAUUCUUGGAACAGGGAGCAGCGUUCCCAGGAGAACGAGUGUUCCGUUGCUCCCCGGUUCCAGGAAUAAGGAUCUUGAUUGUAUGAUCGGAGUCGGAUCGGAAGAAUGUAUGAUAGAUGUGUCCCGGCCUUUAUUCCUUUCGAAAAGUGUUUGUCGUAACACGCAUCAGUUCCCUGCAAAUCGGGGGCUACUAAACACCGGAGCGAGUAGCUCGAGUGUUUCAAGCUCUUGAAAGGAAUACAACUAUUAUGCAAAUGGAAUGCUUGUAAUUUAAAUCGAGUAAGUGCAAAUGAAACAAAAUUAAAACAGUUGAAGUAGCUCGGACAGUUGAACAGAUCAAAAAGAGUCAGUGCAAUUGGAACAGUGAGUAGAAUUGCUAAAAACAAAUAUACACCACACAAAAAUUAUCGCAUCUAUCAAAGCAGAAAACAUAGAAAUGAACAGCCUAAUUGCAAAGUGGAAUGUAUGCCUAUCUGCAUUUUCCCGAAAAAAGUAAACAAGAACCUAAUAGAAGAAGAAACGACAUGUUUUUUGACUCGAAUUUUUCAGUUGAAGAAUGCCCAUUCAGGGAAUCCUUAAGAAAUUU